AUGUCUUUUGAUUUAGUUAUUUCUGGUAUCAAUGUUUCUUUCAAACAAUUUGUUGAUGACCUUUUAAUCAAUAUUCCUGAAUUUGAGGAUAAAAACUUUGAUGAUUUUCUCAUUCCAACAAAAGAUCCAAAAAUCAAUAAACUUAAAGGAAAAAUAUUUGAAUUUUUUAUCUACAGAAUCAUUGAGAAAAACAUGAUCAUUGCCAACAUAAACAUGACCUUUAUUUCUUUUUCGAAAGAAGCAUAUUUUACUUUAUCAGAUGAUUGUAUUGAUAUUCAUGGUCAAUAUGAAUCAUUGAUUUUCUCAAUCCAAUGUAAAUUUAAAAAUCCUAAAUAUAAAAUUCCUGUUAGUGAAAUUCGUGAAUUUUUGAAUUUAGUUAAUCGAAAAAAUAAUAGUGAUCAUAUUGGUUUUUUUGUAUCAAAUGUUGGAUUGUCUGAAUAUGCUUUAAGAGAACUAAAUAAUUCUCUUCUUGAAAAAAAAAAUUUGUAUAAAAAAGAAAAUUCAGAAAAAGGUGAUGAAGAAAGAAAAAGAAAAAUCAUAGAAUUAGAACAUGAAAAUAAUAUUCUUAAAAAAGCAAAUAAAAAAAUUAAAGAAGAAAGAAAUAAAAGAUAUGAAGAUUCAGUUGAAGAACUUAAGAAAGAGAAUGAAGAACUUAAGAAAAAGAUUGAAGAAAUUAAUGAAAAACUUAAUAAUCAAUCUUUGGAAUUUAAUACAAAACUUGAUUUGAUUUUAAAUAGAUUAAAUUAA